UUAAAAUAUUAAUACAUCUGCUCGAUUACGGAAGGAUUGAUCCUUGAAGAAGGAUUAGAAGGAUCAAGUCCUUGUGUACGUGUCCGUCGUUGAUAGGUUAAACUUUCGUUUGUGUUUGGCCAGAGGAAAAAAAAUUUCGUCAUUUGCAACCGAAACCGAAAAAAAAAAAUUAAAGCUCUCGACUCUCGACGAAAAGGCGAUUUGGAGGCGUCGGCUUCAGGAAGGUUUACGAAUCAUGGGACAGGAUUAUAGUUACAGUCAGCCCUCUUCAUCAGAGGUUGACAUCGACUCUCUUCUUCUAGACGAAGCAGAGUUGUACGCGGAUGAAGCUCAGAGUAGCUACAACGCAGAGCCGGUUCAGUAUCAACCUGACCCCGAAGCUGAUGAAGGAAUCCCCACGAGAUGUUACUGUGGUGGUGAGCCGGUCGUGGGAACAUCCACCACUUCUAAGGAUCCAUACAGGAGGUACUACACCUGCCCCAACGUUGAUGAUGGCGACUGCCACAUCUGGAAGUGGUGGGAUGUGGCCGUGGUGGAGGAGUUGCGGGACUUUCACAGAGAGUUUAGGCAGUUAACUGAGCAAGUCAGUGAGAGUGAGCAGAAGGUGGUGAAGCUAGAGGAGUCAGUGGCUGAGUUAUCUAAGAAGAAACCAGUAGCUUCAAAUGGCUUUGAAGUGGUUGCUUGUCUACUGGUCUGUCUAAUAGUGAUAAUAGGUUUGGUCGUCUUCUUUCUGCCUGGAGGAGGUUCAAACGGUUCAAACGAGAGUGUCUGACCUCACACGUGUAUGUAAGGUUGAAGUCACGGGUGCUCAAGUCACGGGUUAUCAAGUCACGGGUGUAGGAAGUGUUGUUGCUUAGAUCACGGGUGAGGGAAGUCACGGGUGAAGGAAGUCACAGGUUAUCAAGUCUUUGUGUCCUAUAAGUAGUGAAGCAUGUCGUUAGCUAUCUUGUAUCCUCUAGUUUCCUGUAUUUGGUUUCCUUUGUUUCCUGCAAUUUUAAAAUUUGUAUCAAACUCUUGUCUCCUCUCCUUGUUUCCUCAUCUGCUUCUGUAAUAUAAAGGUACUUGUAUCCUCAUCUGCUUCUGUUUAGGUUAUGAACUACUUGUAACAUUUAGGUACUUGUAAUAUUAAUGUUUCUGCUUCUACUUUUGUCUUC